AUUCAUAUCAGAUUACAACAAAGCUAAACUAUUAGAGCUGUCCAACUUGCCUGGAAAGGAUUUUGUAUACCCAUUCAGUUUACAUAAAAAGAAAAAUAAAGAAGGAAAGAGGUAUCUAAACAGAUCAUAUUUUGAAAAAUAUAAUUGGCUAAUGUAUUCUAAUAAAAAAAGAGGGUUAUUUUGAAAGUAUUGUGUUCUUUUCGCUGAUAAAGGAGGAAAAUGCAAUAGUACAGUACUACAAAAAUUUGUAGCUACACCAUUAAACAAAUAUUCAAAAAUCUCAGGUCAAUCAGGUGAUUUAGCAGUUCAUAACAGCCAUAAAUAUCACAUAAACGCAGUUACUACCGCAGAUUAUUUUUUACGCAAUCACAAAAAUCCUCAAAAAGAAGUUAUCAAUAUGGCACUCACACAUAGAAAAAAAACUGUUUUGGAAAAUCGAGAGAGAUUGAAACCAAUUGUAGAGAGCAUCAUUUUUCUUGGUCGACAAAAUAUCCCCCUGAGAGGAAAUUUUGAUUCUGGAAAACUUUUCAACAAUGAAGAUAGUACACUUACAAUCCCAAAGUCUAUAAUUACUAAUCAAGGUAAUUUUCGUGAACUAUUAAAGUAUAGAGUAUUAUCUGGGGAUAAAGUGCUUGAAGACCAUUUAAAAUCAUUAAACGCAAGAGCAACUUAUAUUAGCCCAAUAAUUCAAAAUGAUUUAAUUACAUGCUGUAAACAUUUUAUUAUGAAUAAAAUUAUUGACGAAGUUAAAGAAAAUAAAUACUUUAGCAUCAUUUUUGAUGAGACCACAGACAUCAGUCAUACUUCACAGAUGAGUCUCAUUUUAAGGUACAUCCAUAAGGGUAUUAUAAAAGAGAAUUUUAUAGCAUUCAUUGACUGUCAUAAACAUGCUUUUUCCUCAAAUAAUGAUAGUGAAGAUGAUGAAGUUGUGGAUAUAAACUCAACUAUAUUAGAACCAAAAUUGACAGGUGAAGUUUUAGGAAAAACAGUAGUAUCCAUACUUAAAGAGUUAAAUUUAGAUUGCUUAAAUUGUGUUGGAAUUGCUACAGAUGGUUGUUCUGUAAUGACAUCCACCCUGCGCGGUGCAGUUCAAUUUGUCCAGUCUUAUGCACCUCAUGCCGUUUAUUCUCCUUGUUCAAACCAUUCCCUAAAUUUAUCAAUAUCAAAAUCGUCAAGUGUUCAAGCUAUUCGAAAUAGUGUUGGGCUAAUAAAAGAAGUCAUUUUAUUUUUUAAUAUGUCAUCCAAACGAAAUUACGUUUUACUUACAGUUCUGAAGGGAAAUCCACGACUCAAAAGUCUAUGUGAAACCCGAUGGAUUGAACGACAAGACAGUAUUAUAAUUUUUCAGUCAUCAUUAACAUAUAUUUUAGAAGCCUUAACUUCUAUUUCAUCAUGGCAUGAACAAGACUCUUCAUCAAAAGCUAAAACACUAUUAACUGCUUUAUGUGCUUGCGAAUUUAUAAUAUCAUUGUUUACACUUGCCUCAUUAUUAAGUGUUACAGUUGCUGUAAGUAAAAUUUUACAAAAUGUCAACUCGGAUAUAAGUAAUUCUACAGAAAUUAUACAUGAUGUCAUUGAUAACUUGGAAAAUAAAAGAACCAAUUGCUCUGAGGAAUUCAACUUAAUAUUUGAAGAAUGCAAAAAAGAAAUGAUAAAGCAUGAUAUAGAAAUAAAAAAGCCUCGAAUAGUAUGUCGUCAAACUGCAAGAUCAAAUUACCAAACAAGUACUAUAGAGGAUUAUUACAGAGUGUCAAUUUACAUUCCUUUGCUUGAUAAUGUAUUAGAUGAUCUCAAAAAUAGGUUUUUAAAUGAAAAAAAUCAAGCAGUUUUGAAAUUAUCAAAAUUAAUGCCAAGAAAUAUUAUUGAGGCGGAUAGUGAGGAUGAAAAUGAGUUAGUUAAACUAUUCAUUAAAUAUUUUUCUUUUCAAGAUUGUAAUAUGAGUGAACUAGAACUCAAGUCAGAGCUAUCUCUCUGGAAAUCAAAGUGGAAAAGGGAAAAAAAUGAAGGGAAAUAUGAUAUUAAAAGUUUAGAUGCUAUUACAUCUGCUGACAUUUGCUGUGAAGUUAUAUAUCCCAAUAUUAAGAGGCUACUUUUAAUAAUUGCAUGUUUGCCCAUUAGCGUUGCUUCAGCUGAAAGAUCAUUUUCAACAUUAAGAAGAUUAAAAACUUGGUUGCGCUCAAAAAUGGGACAAAAUCGGCUAUGUGGAUUAGCAUUAUUGAAUAUACACAGAGAAAUAGAAAUUGACACUCAAGAAAUUAUACAAAGGUUUGCUAAAAUGAAAAGGAGACACACCGAUCUCUUAUUGUAGAAAAUGA